UCUUUCUCUCUCUUUUCUAAAUAAACAAUGAAAGCUUUCUCUGCUCCUACACCUCUCCAAAAAUGGCCCUACUUCUUCAACUAUCUCCCUCCUCCUCCAAUCCUCUCCUCCAUUUCAAUUUCAAUUUCAAACCCAAAUCCAAAUCAUGUCAUUUCAUCAUCACCACCAACCUCCACCCAACUCUCACUCUCAAACCCACCUCUCCAAUUCAAUCCUCUGCAUCCCACACCACUCCCUCCCCCUCCAACCGCCUCUCUCCACCACUCUCUUCCCUCGGUUCCAUCGCCCCCUACGUCCAAUCCCAAUGGAAGCCAAUCCUCGCCGGCUGGCUCUGCAGCGCCGUCUCAGUCUACUCUCUCUCCUUGAUGGUCCCUAAGAUUGGGAAAUUCUCUGCGGUGAUGAGUGCGGUUGAUGCGGUGAGGCUGAGAGAGGAGGCCCUGCUGCUUGGGGCUAUGGCCAUGGUUAGGUUGGUGGCCAAUUACUGGCAACAGGCGUUUCUGUGGGACGCGGCGUUGAAGGCGGUGUUUGAGAUUAGGGUUUUCGUGUUCGAGAGGGUUUUGAAGAGGGAUUUAGGGUUUUUUGAAGGUGGUGGUGGUGUUUCUGGUGGUGAUAUCGCGUAUCGGAUCACUGCCGAGGCUUCUGAUGUUGCUGAUACUAUCUACGCUCUCCUCGAUACGAUUGUACCUAGUAUUCUGCAGCUAUCAGCAAUGGCAACUCAGAUGCUGGUUAUAAGCCCUGUUCUCUCAUUGAUUUCUGCCUUGGUGAUCCCAUUGAUGGCUUUUGUCACUGCAUAUCUUGGUGACAAGCUUCGUAAGAUAUCAAAGAAGGCUAAUCUUAGCAUUGCUGCUCUGUCAGCCUACCUAAAUGAGGUCCUCCCAUCGAUUCUUUUUGUGAAGGCUAACAAUGCAGAACGCUCUGAGGGUGCUAGGUUUCGAUGGCUAGCUGAUGCCAACCUAUCUGAACAUUUGAAAAAGAGGAAAAUGAAGGCACUAAUUCCUCAGAUUGUGCAAAUAAUAUAUUUUGGGGCAUUAUUGAUAUUUUGUGUUGGUUCGCUGAUGGUUUUCGGUGGUUCUUUCGAUUGUUGUGGCAUGGUUUCCUUUAUAACAUCAUUGGUUUUCUUGAUUGAGCCAAUUCAGGGGGUGGGAAAAGCAUACAAUGAAUUGAAACAAGGAGAGCCAGCAAUUGAACGCUUGUUUGAUUUGACCAGGUUCCAAUCUAAGGUGAUUGAAAAACUGGAUGCUGUUAAUUUAGACUGGGUUACCGGUGAGGUGAUAUUUCGUGACAUCUCAUUCAAAUAUGGUGAGGAUAUGCCUCUUGUAUUAAAUGGGUUGGACCUUCAUAUAAAAGCUGGAGAAACAGUUGCUUUUGUUGGGCCCUCAGGAGGAGGAAAGACAACCCUUAUGAAACUGCUUCUUCGCCUUUAUGAUCCUUUGUGUGGUUGUAUACUAAUAGAUAAUCAUAAAAUCCAAAAUAUUCGGUUGGAAAGUUUGAGGAGCCAUGUUGGGCUGGUCUCUCAGGAUACAACACUUUUUUCAGGGACAGUUGCUGAAAACAUUGGAUAUAGAGAUCUAAUGACAAAAAUUGACAUGGAGAGGGUUAAGCUUGCAGCACGAACAGCAAAUGCUGAUGAAUUUAUUGAAUUAUUUCCGAAACAUUAUGAAACCAAUAUUGGUCCUAGGGGCUCAAGUUUAAGUGGAGGCCAGAAGCAAAGACUAGCUAUUGCAAGGGCAGUCUAUCAGAAUUCAUCGAUUUUGAUUUUGGAUGAAGCAACUUCUGCUCUGGACAGCAGAUCUGAGCUAUUGGUGAGACAAGCCGUGCAGCGCUUAAUGGAAAAUCGUACUGUAUUAGUCAUUGCUCAUCGUCUGCAGACGGUUCUGAUGGCCAAACGAGUUUUCCUUCUACAGGAUGGGAAGUUGAAGGAGCUAAAACAUUCGUCUCUUUUGGAUGAUCACCAUGACUCGCUUUCAGCAUCUGAACUUGUGAUAUAAUAGCAUUGAAAAAGGUGAUGGUGCAACUACUGAAGUUAUUACAUUGCCGGCAUAUGCAGGAAACUGGUUUGGGUUGUGUAUCUCCUUUUGAGAUCAGUUAUGAUUCUUGUGUACACCCUUGAAUAGCAUUAUGAUUAGUAGUUUGAAUUAUAUUUUUUUAUUGUUAUCAAUAAUGUAUAGUGCUAUGUUACCUAGAACGUAAAUGUUCUGAUAGAUUGAAUGAAAACAUGAACGUGAUACACCAUAUCUUCUAAAAAUUAGACAUCCAAUAAAAUGUUAAUUAUGUAAAAACAUAUUUCUAUGAGCA